GUCGUGCAAAUCAAAUCACAGCAAUGCAUGAUUCGCAAAAAAGCCUCCCCACACUGCCUACAUGACGUCAGCGGUUCUUGCCCUCACCUCUCGAUUCUUCUCCACUCGAGCAGAAGACCGGAAUCAGCUCCCGUACCCUGUUUGUUACCCAUGGAAGCGAAAAUUCCCCUCCUUACUCCUCACACCAUGGGGAGAUUCCACCUCGCCCACAGGGUUGUCCAUGCGCCGCUGACCAGAUCGAGGUGCUACAAUAAUCUUCCUCAAGAACAUGUUCAGCUGUACUACUCGCAGAGGGCCACAAAUGGCGGCCUUCUGAUCGCUGAAGCCACCGGGGUCUCGGAGACUGCUCAAGGGUAUCCAAACACACCGGGUAUAUGGACAAAGGAGCAGGUGGAAGCUUGGAGGACGGUUGUGGAUGCAGUGCAUCAGAAGGGUGGUGUUUUCUUCUGCCAAAUCUGGCAUGUAGGGAGGGCAUCUACCAAUGAUUAUCAGCCCAAUGGACAAACACCAAUUCCUUGUACAGACAAGAAAAUCACUCCUACAGUUCUCAAAGAUGGAACUGUCGAGGAAUUCUCUGCCCCAAGGAGGCUAAGAGAAGAUGAGAUCCCCCAAAUUGUUGAUGAUUUCCGAAUUGCUGCUAGGAAUUGCAUUGAAGCAGGCUUUGACGGAGUUGAAAUCCACUGCGCAUUUGGGUACCUAAUUGAACAGUUCAUGAAAGAUGGUGUCAACGACAGAACUGACAAGUACGGAGGAAGCAUCGCAAACCGUUGCCGCUUUGCUCUAGAGGUAAUCCAAGCAGCCAUCGAUGAGAUCGGAUCGGACAGAGUAGGUGUCCGUCUCUCGCCAUACUCAAACUGCCUGGACUGUUGGGACUCAGACCCAGAUGCACUUGGCCUCUACAUGAUCCAAGCCAUGAGCAAGCUGGGCGUUCUCUACUGCAGCAUGGUUGAGCCUGAGGUGGUCAAAGUAGACGGCAAGGUGCAGAUUCCUUACAAGCUAUGGCACUUCAGGAAAGUGUUUGCUGGCACUUUCAUCGUCGCUGGAGGAUACAACAGAGAAGAAGGCAAUAGAGCAGUGUCUCAGGGUUACACAGACCUGGUAGCAUAUGGUAAAUGGUUCUUGGCAAACCCGGAUCUGCCUAGGCGGUUUGAGCUGAAUGCGCCUCUGAACAAGUAUGACAGAUCGACGUUCUACACUUCUGAUCCAGUUAUCGGGGCUUGUUCCUCCUCAUCAGACUUCCCAAAACCCUCUCUAACAGUGUGCUAUUUAUACACAUGGAUCAAGAAAAGCCCCCCAGCUCUUCAAUUGCAGAUAUCUAUACCCCGAGUUCCGCGCCGCCGUCGCUGUCGCCGUCUGCCUGCCUGCACCCUCCAUCAGAGAUCUUCACCUCAUCAGUUGGCGCGCCAGGUAGGGGUGAGUCGAGUUUCCCGUCGAAAAGUGUGAUGGAAUCAACUUCUCCGGUAUCAUAUUUGUUCAAGCAGCCUGGAUUCUACCGCUGCUGGCAUCAUCUUCUGAUCAAAUCAAUCUACGAAGAGAUAUUGGGUUUGUCGUUCCAAUUUAACUCUCAAUAGAUUAAUUUUUAAUUAUAGAUUGAUCUACUCGGGUAUUAUUUUUGUUACCAGCAUCGUCGACGUUGCCGAGCAACAAUAUCAGCCUCCUCCCAGUGCAAAUCCGAGCCCACACGAUGCGAGUUCGGAUCCACGCCUACAUCGGGAACCACUCGGCGACCACGUGACAUGCUGAAGCUCGUAGGCCUGGAUCGGUCGCUGGCUUGUUGCUACCUGCAACUCAGUACACAGGAGAUUUGGCCAUGUUGCAUGCCGAGCGAGAAAGCAUACGCGUGCACGUUGCCUUUUGCAUGUCACCUGUUGAUUGCUCUUGCCGGGAUUCGUGCCGAAUAUUGGCCUGAGUGCACAUCUCCUGACCGUUUCAUAAUUUUCCAUAUUUAGAUCGAUUUCUAAUCUCAGAUUAAUUUCUUGCUAUUUUUUGUUGUUGUUCGCAUAUAACUACGCGGCACUACUGAGGCGAACGAUGUUGGACAUGGACUCGAGGCGUCUCAGCUUUCUGGUCGAUCGGCCGCGAGUCCACUCUGCCGACUUGUCCUCACCACCGCCAUUGCUGAUAUCAACAACGACUCC